CACAACCUCCGCCCCUCUCAUUAUCACCACGGUUAUAACGGCUGUUCUCACAAGCGUGUCAAGGACUUGCAAAAGCGAAGUGGCUUCAAGUCACGGAAUUCGGAUUUAAGAUCCGGGUUGGUCCAAAUAAAGAGGCAGCGGCGUUCUGUUCCUUUCUGAAUCGUGUCACGGUCGAGUAGUUUGCCGCUUUUGGGGGGUAAACUGGGAGUGCGUGCAUUUUCUUAUGUUCUCAGGAUGGCUGGCAGUCAGGAGAGCAAUGCAUCCCUCUUCAGUGAUCAGACCCCAUCCCAGGAAUGUUCUCAAGCAAAAAGAUCCCAGAAUUAUGAAGAGGAGACAUUUUAUAAGAACUGCAGAGCAGCCUAUUUAGCUGUCUUCAAAAGCAGCUUAGAAAACAUUAAAUCAAAAGAACAACUGUGUUUGGUACUUCAGCAAGCUGGAAGAAAUCCAUCUCAGAAGACAGUUAAUAAAUACUGGACGCUGCAAACCACCACACUGAAUUUUGAUGAUUUUUGCUUCAUCUUAAAACAAGAAGAACCUGUUAGGAAAACAGAGCUGCUCAAAGCAUUUGCAAAAAUAGAUGUAAAUAAUGAGGGCUGUAUUUUACAUAGUGAGCUGCAUAAACUUCUUACAACUAGAGGUGAAAAAAUGACCCCAGAUGAAGUUAAUGCAAUCACUGAAUUGGUGGAAGUGAACAGUGAUGGAAAGUUUGAUUAUUACAAGUUUUGUAAAUUGUAUAUGACAACCAAUGAGCAAUGUCUGAAGCACGCACUAGAGAAACUGGAGGUUGACAGUAAACUGAAGCGUCAGCAGUUUGGAAGUCAACUUGAGACUUCAUCAGAACUGGCUACAUCACUAAUAUCAAAAACAAUACCAAAAACUGCAAGGAAAACAGAAUCCAAACCAAUGCUAAAAAGAGGUCACUGCAAGACUUCUUCACAAUGUUCCUCAGCUCCAAGUUGCAAAGCAUCUGUGUCUUCCACUAUCAGUAUGGGUGCCAGCAGCAACAAACAUUCGAAGCUCAUUGAGGCAAAUGCUGCAAAGGAAUGGCAACAUGCACAGUCCAAAGGAUGCUUCUUCUUAGAGGAAAAUGGAGAGAUAAUUAGUCAUAAAUAUAAGUUGUUUUUAUCUCAGAGAUCUACAGUAUGCAUUACCAUUAAUCCUGUGAACCUUCGCCAAAUGGAAGGAAAACCCUCUCCUUGGUUAGUGGUGGACACAGCUUUGUAUAUACUCAAAGAAAAUGAAACUGAAGAAAACAUACAGCUUGUCGGCUUCACUGAGCUACGGAAUAAAGAGGUUUUUGGUUGGAGAGGGGAACUUGAAGGUGGUGUCUAUUGGGUAAUUCCUUUCACCACAGGCUGUAGAUUCAGAAAAUCAAAAAAGCAAAUUAGAAGAGAAGCCAAACUUGUACAUGGAGAUGGAGAAUUCACAGCUACCAAAGAGUUCCGAGCAGCCUUAUCAGAAAUAUUUGAAAUGAUUGAUUUGGAUGGGAAUGGCUUUCUCAGCCUGGAAGAGAACAACUUCUUUGAAAUGAGAACUAGUGGAGAAAAGUGUGAUGAAGAAGCUUGGGCCAUAUGCAAAGAGAAUUUUGAUAUGAAGAACAAUGAACUCACAAGACAGGGAUUUAUGGAUCUGAAUCUCAUGGAAGCCAGUCAACAAGGCAGGGAUCUUAGCAGCCUCUGGAUGACUUUGCAGUCAAUGGGCUACAACAAAGCAUUGGAACUGACUGAGGCAUGCCCCUUUUCCAUUCGCGUCUAUGCAGAAAAAUGCAAACCCAGGAUUCAACCUGUUUGUCUGGAAGCAGGUGGUGAGCAACUUAAGACAGCCAUUUGUAUGAGCGUGGCUAAUAAAGGAGACGCUAAGCCGAUGGAUGCCAGUGAAAAUAUAGUUAUUUACACUUAUAAAAGUGAUACACGGAUCACAUCUGUUAUUGGAAACAAGUCUGAAAGCAAAACAGUAAUUCACCUCAACAAUGAGCAAAGUAGAAACUGUGUCAGUAAUAGAGGGCUCAACACUUUUGCCGUUGAAGUGGCAUCCAACUCCAUGAUGGUCUGUCAGCAUGUGAUGCCACAGAAUGAGCAAGAAGAAUGGAUAUACAGCUGUGUUUAUUCUAUCUUGCCUUAAGCUAUCAUAGGUAGGAAAUGGCAUUCUCUUGGUCCUUGUAGAAAAGAUUCAAUCUUGCACUACACGUUGAUACACACGGAUGGCUUGAUUUAUCUCAUCAUUUUUAAAACCAAGAAUCUGUUCCUCAUUUUGGAUUAUUGUGGUUAUCUUUUCAAGAAUCUAUCACAAAUCUUCAGCCUUUGCCUUUCUGUACAGUUUCAUACAUAAGCAGGGGACUUAACAGAGGUGGUCUGAUCCAAAAAACACGUUCUAAUAUUCCUAGACAUUUCUGUGCAUAAAGACAAACAUCAGAGUGCAAUAUGAAGAUGAUGCCUCACAUCAAAGUUUCUUUGCUCCACUUUCAAAACUGCAGCUUUCUGUGAUUGCAAAGCUGGCUGUGGCCUUUUAUCUGGGAUUUGGGUCUGAAAUCAUCAAUCAUGCAUUCAUAAUCUUAAACCUGUACUAUUGCUGCAUGUUUGUGUACAACUGGUCAUGAAGACUCUGCAAAAACUGCACCUGUUCUAUAAUGAGCAGGUCCACCUCAUUCUCAGCCUUGUGAAUAAUACAAUCAGUGCACUGUCUGUAGCACCCAUUGUCUGUGCUAUCCUUCCUGCAGGUGAUGGACUUGACCUACAGAGUCCUUGAUAGCUAAAAUCCAUGAUAUUUUAAAUAUUAACCCAUCAUAUCACAAUGUCUAAGAUAUACCAAGAGGGUCCAGUUGAUUAUGGCAAGCAUGUGAGGAGUACAUAGAAUGAAUUUACAGAGCAAUAUUUGCAAUGGCUCAUCCACAAAAAUUAACUUAAAUUUUUGAAGAGUAGCCAAAACCUGAGUUUGCCAUCUUUUGGGAGCAAUGUGAAAACAUUUUAUUUAUUCUGGCUUUGGGUGGUGAGAUUUAAUACAACAAUAAGCAAUAUUUAGCAUGACUAUUUUUAUGACAGUCUUAAUAUGUGGAACACACACACACACACACACACACACACACAUACAUGCAUACACACAUAUGAAGUUGCAUUUUCCAAGCUCUAUUCCUUGCUCUAAAUUGGAUUGGGAGGUGGAGGGUUAAGACCAAGUAAAGAAACUGAGUUUAACCCAGUUGGGGUAUGAGAAUUGUAAACUGGCAUGAGCUCUCUCACCUGAGCUGUAAUAAACCAGGCUGUGUGUACUUUUAUCAGUUCCUCCCCUCCAUUCUAAAGAGUAUAUCCAUUCAGGGUGGGACCAGACUGUUGGUGCUUAAACUAAAAAAGUAGCAAAGCGGCUUUUGAACUGAUUGGGGAAAGCCAACAGGAGCUGAGAAGUAUAGGCUCAGGAUAAAACAUCCCUAGGAGAUGUGGGUGAAAAUGUUUGAUUAUCCAAAUGGGAGAAGAUGAUACCAAAUUCCAUAAGGUGAAACGCAUGUGCCAGAGACAUUUGGAAAAAGAGAGCUGGCAUAGGUGUUUAUAUGUGCAUGCUAGAGAUUGGCUAGAAUAAAGAUGGAUGGAGUGCUUGGUUUUAAAGGAGAGCAUGGACACAGAGAGCACAAUGGAAAUGUGGUAGGCAUGGUAUGAGAUACGAACACUAUACAGUGGAUAGGGAAGGGCACACUGGAGGUGGUGUUGCUCUGUACCUCAGUGAUUUUGAGGCAAGCAAACUAGAAAUCCCCAUAGGGCAGACUCCUUCAUGGAAUUCCUGUGGGUGGCAAUACUGGGCCCAAGAGUAAUAUAGUAAUGCAGGAAUGCAAACUUUGCCAAACACACACAGGAAGCUGAUGGAAGUCCUUGGUGAGCGGGAGUGGGAGGGAUGGGGAGGAAAAAAGGUGGGGAUAAUGUAAUUGACUAUUUGGACUGAUAGUUUGUUAUGUUGAAAUUGUUUAAUAAAAAUAUAUUUUUUAAAAAAGAUCAACAAUAAAUAAUAUUGAAUACAUUAAAGGAGGAAAGCAGCUAGAGAGGCGGUUCAACUGUUGGAUGACAAAGGAGUCAAAGAUGUGCUAAAGGAGGAAAAGGAGAUUGCAUAGAUGCAAAGAAUUCAAUCUUCACUGCAAACGAUGUAAAAGAUCCCUGUGCUUUAGCUAACUUUCUAAGGAAUGGAAUCUUGGGAACUGAAAUAAACAGUGGUGACAAGA